GGAGGAGUCUGGAAUUUCAGCCGUGUCUGCUGCGACAUCUUUGUCACUAUGGACGUGAUGAUGUGCACAGCCAGCAUUUUAAACCUCUGUGCUAUCAGCAUUGACAGGUACACGGCAGUGGUGAUGCCAGUUCAGUAUCAGUACGGCACAGGGAAGAGCUCCUGCAGGAGGGUUUCCAUUAUGAUCGUGAUGGUCUGGAUGUUGGCAUUUGCUGUGUCCUGCCCCCUCCUAUUUGGCUUCAAUACCACAGGGGAUCCUAGUGUCUGUUCUAUAUCGAACCCUGAUUUUGUCAUCUAUUCCUCGGUGGUAUCCUUCUACCUUCCCUUCGUGGUCACCUUGCUGUUUUAUGUCCGGAUUUAUUUCGUGCUGAGGCAGAGACAGAGGAAACGAAGCCUCUCCAGGCAGGCCAGCCAUAGCAUCAGCAUCAAAGCCUGUUACACACAGAAAGAGCACAAAGAGAGGAAAACUUUGCACCAUGGGCACCAAGAUCCCCUCUCAUCUCAUCUGCAGCUAAAAUCCCCAACCCAAGAGCUUUCCCCUGAAAAGAAGUUGCUGACCCCCUCUGACCUGCAGCAGUACUGCAGCUUCUGCCACCAAGCUUCCUUCCCCAGGGCCGGGACCAAUGGAAAUGAGCUAAAAGAGGAGAGGAGAAGCAGGGAACAGGGCUUGGAGGUGCAUAAACUCAGCAAUGGCAAAAUCUUGACCUCUUUGAAGCUAGUGCACCAGCAGCCCCGGACAGUACAGCUGAGAGAGAGGAAGGCCACACAGAUGCUGGCUAUCGUUCUGGGGACAUUCGUAGUCUGCUGGCUGCCAUUCUUCAUGACCCACAUCCUGAACACCCACUGCCAGGCUUGUCACAUCACCCGGGAGCUCUACAGUGCCACCACUUGGCUUGGUUAUGUAAACAGCGCUCUCAACCCCAUCAUUUACACGACCUUUAACACUGAGUUCCGCAAAGCUUUCCUCAAGAUCUUGUGCUGCUGA